ACGAAGUAAGGAACGAAGGACCGAAGGAACGAAAGAACGAAAGAAAGAAGGAAGGGAAGAGGGCGCAAAUGGCGGGUGCCCUCGACCAAACAACAUUUUCGGAUUUUACGAGUGAGUGUUCUCGCUCCAGUAGCCAUCGGCACCUCUCCAAGUGAACGACAACGACCAUAGAAAAACAGAAAGAGAAAGAACGAAGGAAGAGCACCAAAAUAUAGCUCAUUGGUAUUCCAAAGAGUCAACCAACCAACCAACCAACCAACCAACCAACCAACCAACCAACCAAGCGGCAGUUCAUGUUUUGUUUUUGAGUGAGCAAUGGCUAGAUUAAAGAAAUGACACCAUCCAAGAAUCAUCGACAACAUGUCCCAGUUGUUCUCAGUGUCGCCCAGAGUGUUCCUGCCUCGACCUUCAUUCUUUAAAUUGGAGCAUUCGUUAGCCAAGCGCUUGGUCUCUUCGCCAAUCGGAAUGUCGGGCCAGUACGACCUGAGCUAUAAUAAUGAUAACAACAACAACAACAACAACAACAACAACAACCAUUUCCAUCCCAGCUUGAGCGAUUACCAUAUUGGAGAAGAGGACUCAGGCCUGUUGAGUUCCAGUAGUAGGUGGGACUGCGAUGGGUGUGCGCCUCCGACUUUCAACUUGCCUCCACCGCCAAGACCACCCUGGUUGGAGGACUUUGAGAACUGCAACGAAUCUCCCAGCCAAAGCGAGCUGAUUGCUCAGCUGGAAACCUGUGACAACACUAUCAUAUUAAAUUCCCCAUUCGAAGAUACGUUCCACAGUGUGCUUGUCAUCCUUGUGUGUGCUUUCGUGGCUGUGAUUGUUCUCCUGCUUCUGGCCAUUGCCGUGUUCAAAAAGCGGAAAGAGAGCCAACAGUUGUUGGGCACCAGCCACUUCAGUCAUCCCUGUCAAAGCCAUGAUCCCCGUGGCAUCAUCGAUUCAUCGGGGCCACCCUCGUCCACGUUCUCGCGACUCGGAGAUUCCUCGGGCACCACCUCGCUCGGACCUCAUAAAGUUCUAUUCCAACCCAGCGAGCAGCUGUUGCCCUCGUCGUCCACUCAUUCGAUCACGUCGCAAAUCAAGCGAAUAUCAAGUACAUCUGCGUCGAUGAAUCACCAACCUCAUCCUCAUCCCCCACCUCCAUAUCAUAACCACCCGUUUCACCACCCGGUCACGGCAAGCCACUCCGAGCGAGUCCCCGGUCAGCACGCUUCGAAUCAGUGUCAGACUUUGCCCAAUCACUACAUUCCCGGACCGAGCAGCGAUGGAAAGAGCCCCGCCAUCGAGCGACUGGGGCGGGCCCAACCCAGUAAUACAAUGCAAUUGUCAGACCAACCUCCGGCCCCACCUCAUUUGUACCACAGCUACCCACAUAUCAUUAUCGGUGGUCAACCGUUUUACCUGAUUCCUUCUGAUCCUAACAGUGCUUGCAGUGCCGAUUGUGAUACGGAUUCUUAUGCAUAUCCUCAGAAUGUGCCUAUCUACGAAGAGAUUGACCCUUAUGCCACCAGUUGUGGUAGUACGAUCUACCCACCGCCUUCAGAUCUGGUGGAGGCUGGAUCCAGCAUUGGGACUCCAACUCUAGGGCAUGGGAAGCCAAUGCAGCGAUUACCUAACCGGUUUAGUGGCCGAGUGAUGGUCAAUCCCCUCCUUCGGGGUGUACAAGAUCACUCCGAAAUGACCACGUCACUUAACCACGCCUGGGAUCAUCGGAAUGCCUCUCCGGUCUCGACGUGUUCCACGGCCAAAAAGUCCCCGGUCGCUUCAACCAGUGGAGGCUCGACAAGUUCCUCGAUGUACUACUACAGCGACACCAUGAAACCUGGCCCAGAGUGUCGGGCUCCCCAAUCGACUCCAGCACAGAGCAAGUUGUCUCGAUUGUCGUCCGAUUCGAGUGACUCGGGUCUUGGCAAUCAUCGUCCAAUCAAACCGCCAACGAGCGACGAGCCCGUGAACACUCAAAUCAUUUUGGACUCCGAAUCUCGGAACAACGCCUCAUCGGUCUAGGCUUGAUUAAUAAUCUCUCUUCGAUUUGAUUUCAAGAUGGAGAUCAGAGCCCGACUUCGACGGCCCGUGCAAGAUUCAUUCAUGACAAUCAAAAUGGCUAUCACUUACCUACCACUCGCUCACUCACUCACUCAUUCACUCACUCUCGAGCAACUAUUUGCAAGAUCCUAGAGCUUCUCAAGUACUGGUUAUUCACGGCUAACGAUCCCCACCAGUUUUUUACCAUGCUUCUUAGUGUGAGUGUAUGGGUGUAUGUGACUCCCUGUCCCUCUUCCAAACCAAAUAUGACUGUGAUUAUGGUUGCUCUCUUAAGCGGUGAACCAACCCUCCUCCUCCUCCUCCUUCGCCUUCUUCGUCUCUCAUGAUGAUGUUCUUAGCGUUUUCCUUUUGAUGCCCGAAGAACAAUAAAAUCUUCUAGUCACUCUUCCCUG